GAAGCAGUCGCGUUUUGGGGGAAGCAGCCUCAUAGUCACAUUUUAAAGCUUGAUUUUUUAACAUUUGCAAGUUUCUUUUUCAGUUAAGUUUAUAUUAACUAAUUAUUUUUUAUCAACUUAUUUUUAUUUAGUAAUAGAUAAGUGCAGGCUGUGAUCAAAGUGCUUCGUCGCCAAUGUAUGAAUGAGUGUGCUAGAAGCGACUGCUUGCAGGUUAUUUCAUUUGUUUUAGAAUUGAGAGAGUACGUAUCUGUUUCCCGUGCUCUGCAAAAUUAGUGCGAAUUUUUUCCGAAUCCAUGUGUCUAAAUUUGAAAUGUUCAUGAAAAGGCGUGCAGUGAUCAUUGGAUCGGAUUUUGAAUGAAUUGUGUUUUCCUCGUUUUCUAAAAAUCGUGACAAAUUCCGAGAAUUUAAAAUGUCUGGCGAUCAUGCCGGACACAGACACGCCGAGCACGGGCACGGAGAGGCAAAAAUGGAAGAUCUAGUCACCGGAAAGUUCCCUUUGGAUCAUGAAUUUAUUUUGGAAGCGGCGGAAGAGAAGGAGGCACUCCUCAGUCCAGUUUACACGUUCUUUGCAUUCGUAUUCACAUGCUGCUCGCUGCCAUUCGUUUUCUCCGUUUACUUUGGUGUAAAUUUUUGCAGACGCUUAUGGCUGAAACAUUUACAAAGGAAGUUCCCUGAUCUUGAGUUUGUAAAGAGAACGUCUUUGAGAACCGCUAUGGACACUAUACGCAACCAAGGUAUAGUUACCGUUUUGCUUCAAGUAAAGGGAAGCUGUAACGUAGCUCUGUUUCGACAGAAAAUUCAAGAAGAAAUUUUGAACAAACGCCACCCUAAUGGUAGGCUUUGUUUUCCUCACCUCACGUGUAAGCUUACCAGCAGGUAUGGAAGAUACGCUUGGAAGACCACGGUAGAUUUUAAUAUUGAGAAUCAUAUAUUAGUCGCAAAUACAACCCAGUACAAAGGCCGCUCUGUAUCGGAGGAUAAUAUUCAGGAGUUCGUGAGCGACAUCGUCUCGAAGUACCUGCCGACGGACAUACCCCCAUGGCAGAUCACCAUCAUCCCGGUGACCUCCUCCGACGAGGAGCGCAGCUACAUCCUCAUCCGGAUCCACCACAUCCUCCUCUCGGAGGACAACAUCAAGCUCGGGCACCUCCUCAUGCUCCAGCGGACCCGCGAAGACGAGGACACCGAGCAGGACUGGCCACUUCUUCGUCCCGACGACGAGCGGGACCUCGAGUCCAUCCAGGCCGUGCUAGAGAGCGCUACCGUCAAGCCCGCCGCCACCGUCCGCCUAUACGAACGCUUCUGCGAGUCCCUCACCAACGCCUGGAACGAGCUCGUUUACCAGUACGACCCGCUGGAGAAUCCCUGUGUGCUCAAGGCGCCGACGCUCUUCAACUACGCCAUCCUGUGCCUCAUAUCCGGGGUCUAUGUCAUCAAGGAUUAUUGCAAUUCUGGGAAGCAUGCUGUCGAGGCGCCCUCGAUUCGGGCCAUCGCUAGGAAGGAACUCAAGAGACGCAAGGUGAACUUCAGGCUGCUCCAAAAAUGCGUCUACAACACGAUCAACCCAUUCAACGUGUUCCUGCGCUCGAUCUCCAUCACGUGGUACAUCAACACCUCGCUUCUCAUCCGCUGCCCCCUCUUCUUUCUCUCCCUCCUGCGCGACCUCAACGGGUACCUCCAACUCGGCGGUCUGGUUCUCCGCUCCCUCCGCGAGAUGGCGCAGGUGCUCGGCGUCGUCUACAAGAUCCCGCGGGUGCUCAUGGACGAGAUGAUGUUCUCCAUCCUCAACGAGCAUCUGAACCAGUUGCAGACGGUCUCAUUGUGCGGGCGGAAGGUGGUCAACUGGUCCGAACCGGUCAACGUGUCCGUCCUCAAACAGGUGCAGCAUGACACCGGAGCUCUCCCCUGUGAGAUCCUCGCCUACGCGCUUACGGCCUCCGUGCAGAGUUACUUCGAGAAGAACGGAUAUCCGCUCCCGAAGAAGGUUCACACUACCGUCAGGUUCAUCUCGCAGGAGGAUAUUUUGAAAACUAACAAAAGAUUAUCGAAUGGCAUCCUGUGUUUUGACCUGCCCCUGCACAUCCCGAAAGACGACCCACUGUACAGCCUGAACAUAACGCAAUACGCAUUGCACAACACGCUGAUCAAACAGUCUUCGAUCUACCUGGCCUCAUCCCUGAGAUUAGACCUCAACCUCUUGACGUACGUUCUACCCUCUGUGGCCGUGCGGUUUUUGUUGUACCUUCUCACGAGGCACUACUCUGUCACAAUCACUCAAGUUGAGGGGAAUUUCAACGAAACCAAGAGGAAAAAACUGCUGUGGGGACAGGAAAUUGAGAAUAUUAUCUACUGGAGACCACCGCAAGCAAAUAUCAGUUUAUCACUGACACUGAUGUGUUACGGAGAAGAGGUGCGGUUGGGCACCAUGGCUGAUGCCGAGCUGAUGCCUCAUCACUUAGUCAUCCUCAAGGAAUUCCCGCAGAAGAUCAACCAACUGGCCUCAGCUGCUGCCCUCCUUCGACAACACUACUCAUCUAGUCUAUCCUCCCUCGAUAUGAGCACCGCCUCGGAUUCAUCCCUCCACCUUGAUUUUUCUGAGUAGAGUUUCUACUAGUUUCUUGUGUUGUUCUACUCAAAUGAGCAUUGGUUUGAAAUUUGAGCACGAAUGCAUGCUCGGGUUUUUGAGAAAACUCAGAGAGGGAUUUUCUGCUGAAAUUUGUGCAACUACUUCGUACUAUAAAAGAACUUUUCGAAAAUUGUUGUUGUCGAAAAUGUUGUCAGGAAAUAUAAUCUUGAGUCCGUUAAGUCUGCAAUGAGGCAAAUUUUUCAGUCAUUGAAUGGGACACUCGACAAAGUAACAGAUGGGGCCCAUGAAAAUUUAUUAUUUUUUUAAUACAUCAGAUCUAGGGAGAAAAGGCAAAAGUCUGCAAGGCUUAAGACUACCUUGCAUCGAAAAAAUUACAAAUUGCGUCCUUUAUACUAUUCAUCUUUCAUUUUAUCAGCGUUAAGUGCAAAUAAUAGUGUCUCAAUCAGGAAUUAAUAUUCGAAGUUUGCUGCAGUCUACUUGUUUUAAGGAGGUAAUGUGUUACAUGUCGCUUUACUUCGUCCUUUUUCUAUAUGUUGUUGUCCAUUGUCGUACGUUUUUUAUGCAUUUUAUAAAGCCGCAGAACAAUUUAUUAUUUAAAAAAGAGUUUUUCUAAAAUGCAAAGAUAUUUCUUUUAAAUAUAAAGAAGUUUUUCGUCUUUAAAAAAGGGUGUAAGACGUCAACAGCAGCACUGAUAAACGUCGCUAACUAGUUAGAUUACAUGCAUAUAAGGCACUGAUCUGAACUAACAGUACAAAUGACGUCAUCCGUCCUGUUUUCAAAAGAUCAACUUUGAACGCAGAAACUUGGUGACGAGAUGAUUUCUCGCUUCUUUGCUGACAUUUAAAAUUCUACAUCAAAACAAGAGUCUAGAACGCUUGUAUCUGAUCCGAUAAAAUUUAUACUAAUUGCGCUUUUUGAAAUGAAGAGCAAUUUGUGAGACUUCACUUAUGCUUUUACGCCUCUUUCCCUAUUUAGAGGGAAUUUCAGCCAAGUUGGAAUUUAGGAAAGUUUUUCUAUUUCUUCCUAAAAGAAGGGUUGGCAUCUUGUACUUCCAAACUUUUUUAGGUUUUAACUUUUAAAGCACACUGUUUUUAAUGCUGAACUUUUUGUAAGAGAAUUUUUCAAAUCGUUGGGGACUGAGUAACUGAACUGGUCAAUUUGGGAGAAAAGGGUUUUAGAAAAACUUGACUCAACAAAAAUAAAAAUUUUAAAGCGCAAAAAUGUGUGGUACUAAUCGUGUGUUGAGGGCAUGAAGUAGCUCUUUUUUCGACUUUCUAUUAGCCCAGUGAGGUUACACGUUCUCUCGAUGUUGAUAAUUAUUUUAUGUACAAAUUUGUUUGUAUCUUUAAGUGCGUAUGAUUUGUCCUACAUUUUAGUGUUUUUAUGCCUGUUUAUUUAUUUUUAGUCGUUAAGCUCAAUUAAUCUGUACGUUCAUUAAUUUUACCGCUGAACUGGUCAACCCAAAUAUUGUUGGACACCUAUAUAAUCUUUUAUCAAAUUCAUCUACUAUUGGUUGAGUUUAAAUGCAAUUCAUCAUAUUCUGGUUAAAUUGCUUCACUUUUCAUGUAAUUUAGCGUUUGUGAUUUUAGAGUAAAUUAAAUUCCAUAAAUAUACUCAUUUUGUGCUUCAGGCUCA